AUAACGCUCGCCCCUCAAUACCUCUCUUUUUCACGCGCACACAACACACAGUAGAGAGAGAAAAAGAGGAGAGAGAAACAAAAACAAAUAAAAUAUAGAUUAUAUCACAAAUCUCAUCUCUUUCUCUCUCUGUGGCUUUGUUUGGUCCUCUGUACAUAUGUGUUCAUCUUAGCCAUUUGAUUUCUCUCUCUUCUUUUUUUUUUUUGUUUCUAAUUUUUUUCUCUCUUUGUAUAACAAAUUCCUCUUCCGCCAAAUUGUAUUUUCCGAUUUUUUUUUCAAUAAAUUUUGGUGGUUCAUAUUUUUAAUUCGGGCGAUGCGGAAAGGAAGAACAGCGGCGGCGGCGGCGGUUCAGGGUGGGGGAGAAGCUAAUGGAUCUGGUGGAUCUAAAGAGAUCAGAUUCCGCGGCGUGAGAAAGAGGCCGUGGGGUAGAUACGCGGCGGAGAUCAGAGACCCUUGGAAGAAGACGCGCGUCUGGCUCGGCACCUUCGACUCGGCGGAGGACGCCGCACGCGCCUACGACGCCGCCGCCCGGUCGCUCCGUGGGCCCAAGGCGAGGACGAACUUCCCCCCGCCGCCAAACGCCGCCGUUUUCCCCGAUUUCAACCCUCGAAACCCUAAUCAACCGCACAUAAACAGUAACCCUAACGAUCCGUUAAUGGACUCCCGGUAUUACACACAGGACCAGCAAUUAAUUGCGCAGCAGCGGCCGACCACCAGCGGCAUGAGCAGCACCGUCGAGUCAUUUAGUGGUCCCCGGGCACCUCCGCCGCCGCGGCCGUUAAUUGCGCAGCAGCAGAGGCGGCAUCCGCGGUCGCCGCCGGUGGUGCCGGACGAUUGUCGCAGCGACUGCGAUUCGUCCUCCUCCGUGGUGGAUGAUGCAGAGUGUGAUAUUGCAUCAUCCUCUUGUAAAAAGCCUCUUGCUUUUGACCUAAAUAUGCCGCCGCCGCCGCCUACUCCGAUGGACGCCGCCGCAUCUGACCUGGAUGAACUCGCCUGCACGGCUCUCCGGCUUUGAUGGCGGCGUUUUUUUCUUUCCUCCUGAUGGACUCUUUAUCAUUUGGCAAAAAAGAAUCCACCAAUUUGGUUAAAUUACUCCAUUUUUCUUUUUUUUUUUUUUUUCUUUUUCUUUUUUAUGUGGAAAAAUUUAAGAAAAAAAAAACAAAAAGAGGGAAGAAUGCUCAUAGGAGAUGAUGUUUGAUGUCAUAAAAACUCGAAAAAAAGACUGUCUUCUAUGAGCAAAUGUUGUUUGAAGGGAAAUUUUUACCUUUUCUUAUAUUUAUAACCUCUGAUGUUAUCUGAUAAUGGAGGAUUUUAUGAUUGAUUUAAGUGUUUUUUUUUUCUAA